AUGGUUUUUGAAAUAUUUAGAUACUACCCAGACAAAGCUAUAGCAGCUGUGGCAGGCGGGUCGUACUUCAUUGCCAGCCUUUGCCUGUUCGUGCGCUUAUUCAUGGACAAGGCAUGGUGGGGACUUUGUCUCCCUGUAGCCUCAACCUUCAUGUUCAUUGGCUUUUUUAUGCGCAUACUCAUGGUGAUAAACCCAAAUUCUCUCCCAAUUUUCAUGGUCCAACAACUCCUCACCUUGUUACCGCCUGCUGCAUACCUUGCCUUCAAUUCCAUCCUUUACGGGCGUUUCGUCGCGAACUGCGUUGACAGAUGCUCCUCUUGGAUAAAGCCAGAAAAAGUUGCCCGGUACUUCGUUAUCAGCGAUAUCACGACAUUCUUCAUACAAGGUGUAGGUGGUGGCCUGGAAGUGUCGACAAAAAUGACAAACGAGAAACUGGGCGCAAACAUUCUUCUCUCCGGAUUAGUCAUUCAGACACACUCAUUUGCGUUCUUCAUGAUCCUAUGUGCGCAUAUAUGGCGUGGUGUCCUCCGAGAUGGUUUUCUGCUCCGCCGGGAGCCAUGGGGGCCAAUUCUUUGGAUAUUGAUUAUCUAUCGUGUCAUCGAGAUUGCUCAAGGUAACGGCGGUUAUCUCGUCACCCAUGAAAUCUACUUCUACCUCCUCGACUCCCUGCCACUGUUGAUUGGCAUUUGCACAUACAUCAUCUACUGGCCAACGAAGUAUCUCGAAGCGUCGUUCAGGCCCAUCAAUGAAAUGGCGGAACGGCGUUAA